AUGUCGAAACCGAUCGUCCCAGCAACAUGGGUCAGAAAGUCUAGACGCAAGCUUACGAGGCGCGCAUUGAGAAGAUUGGAUCGCAGGAACGAAGAAGCUGCUUCAAGUUCCAGCUUUCCGGAUCACAAUUCGGACAAUCUCAGCACGCCAAAUCCUCAAGCUGGGUCAGAGGAUCAACAAACCACUUCUUCGGCCACCCAUUUUCUUCGCCAUUGCAGAAAGGCCGUCUUACAGGACAUCAAGAGAUUUGCCAGAGGGGGCGGACCAGACCUCACAGACUUAACGCAGUCCUCACUUUCAACCGCAAAGCCGAACCGUGCCAUGCGUAAACCUCGUCCAAGUCCAACUCCCUAUCAGCAACACCACGAGACCUGCUCGACGAAUCCUCCUACCCGCAGUUCCAUACCCACUGAGAGCGCUGUAACUUCCGGGCCUUACGAUAGGAGGUUUAAACAGUGUCUCAUUGACGGUGGUGUUUAUCCCCCAAGGUUCCUAGAUUACCGUCCAGAGGGGCCGGUCCUGCCAGCCAAUUGGGAAACGAUCAGAAGCCGCCUGUCUAAAUCCCGACCUGCACUUUCCCCGGAUGUCUUCACGGAUCAGCACUUCCUGAAAUUCCAAGAAGAAGAUGCGGACGCAACAAAAGAGAACCAAGUGGAGGCCGUCUUCAAGCAAUAUGUCCGAACUGAUGAUCGUCACCGGACCUGCAGCGGGAGACUCAACUUGAAGAACCUCAAACCUUUGUCGUGGGAACUAGCUAUACCAGCAAGCCCGGACCUCUACUAUGGCACUAUCCCGAACCAGCUACAUGCACGGGUUCGUCAUGAGCUCAGUCGAGAGAUUGUCCCUACAACACAGGAGGACCUUCCGAUAGUGCCCAAUUUCUUCCUGGAAGCCAAAGGCCCAGAAGGCGUGCCAGCAGUUGCAAAACUUCAGGCUUGCUUUGCUGGUGCACUGGGAGCGAGAGGUAUGCAUUCCCUCGUUUCAUACGGGCAAGGGGACAUCGAGGGCUCCAACAAUGCCUACACCCUGACUUCAACCUAUUGUGAUGGGGUUCUCAGGAUGUUCACUACCCACCGCAGCCACUCCUCUACCCAGGGAGGGCCACCUGAGUAUUACAUGAAUGAAAUCGGCGCCUGGAUCAUGAACUCUGACGCUGAGGGUUUUCGACGAGGUGCCACAGCCUACAGGAAUGGCAGGGAUUGGGCAGAGGAACAAAGAACUCUGGCAAUCAAGAAGGCAAACGAAAGAGCAGCCAAACAUGGCCCAGUCAACGAGGGGCCCGUUGACUCUGCUGGUUCCCGAGAGGAGAUCGCCAAGAACCCGGACUUUGCAGCAGUACAGAGCCUGGGCGCAACUUUCGAGUCCGUGUCGACUGGAAACUCCCACCCUCUUGUUGGGGAAUCUUCUUCGAACCAGGUCAGUCAUGAUCACGGAGCCGGUGCCAAACGCUCGCACCCUGACUCGGCGGACUCACCACGGCCACGGAAAAAGCAAAACACAGGACUUUGA